AUGUUUAUUCUAUCUAUGACAGUGUCUUUCUCUCUGCACUCGUCUCUUCAUACCUGUUCUGUCUGUAUCUAUAUAGGUCUAUCCCUUCAUGUUCAUUUUAUCUAUGACAGUGACUUUCUCGCCUCGCCAGUCCAAAUACUAUUCGUGGGUGUUUCUCCCUACACCCGUCUUUUUAUGUCUAAUCUCCACUCUCUCCCUCUUUCUCUCUCUUUCUCUCUCUCAUCCUUUUUCUCUUUCGAUCUCUCUCUCUCUUUCGCCCCUUUUCUCUUCAUAACCCUCUUUCUCUUUCGAUCCCACUCUCUUUCUCUCUCUGAUCUUUCUCUCUAUCACCCUCUUUCUCUUUCGAUCUCACUCUUUUUCUCCCUCUUUCUCUCAAUCACCAUCUUUCUCUUUCGAUAUCACUGUCUUUCUCUCUCUCUUUCUCUCUAUCAUCAUCAUCAUCUUUCUCUUUCGAUCUCACUCUCUUUCUCUCUCUCUUUCUCUCUAUCAUCAUCAUCAUCUUUUUCUUUCGAUCUCACUCUCUUUCUCUCUCUCUUUCUAUCUAUCACCCUCGUUCUCUUUCGAUCUCACUCUCUUUCUCUCUCUCUCUUUCUCUCUAUCACCCGCUUUAUCUUUCGAUAUCACUCUCUUUCUCCCCCUUUCUCUAUAUCACCAUCUUUCUCUUUCGAUCUCACUCUCUUUCUCCCUCUUUCUCUCUAUCACCCUCUUUUUUCGAUCUCACUCUCUUUCUCCUUCUUUCUCUCUAUCACCCUCUUUUUUCGAUCUCACUCUCUUUCUCCUUCUUUCUCUCUAUCACCCUCUUUUUUUCGAUCUCACUCUCUUUCUCUCUCUCUCCCUCUUUCUCUCAAUCACCAUCUUUCUCUUUCGAUAUCACUCUCUUUCUCUCUCUCUUUCUCUCUAUCACCCUCUUUCUCUUCCGAUAUCACUCUCUUUCUCCCCCUUUCUCUUUAUCACCCUCUUUCUCUUUCGAUCUCACUCUCUUUCUCUUUAUCACCCUCUUUCUCUUUCGAUCUCACUCUCUUUCUCUCCCUCUUUCUCUCUAUCACCCUCUUUCUCUCUAUCACUCUCUUUCUCUUUCGAUCUCACUCUCUUUCUCCCUCUUUCUCUCUACCACUCUCUUUCUCUUUCGAUCUCACUCUCUUUAUCUCUCUUUCUCUCUUUCACCCUCUUUCUCUUUCGAUCUCACUCUCUUUCUCUCUCGCUCUUUCUUUUUCUGUCUGUCUGGCUUUCUCUCUCUGUAUCUCUCUCUCUGUGUCUCUCUCUCAAUCUCGUUCCUUCAUGGAAUAUGGUUAA